AUGACGGGCCACAUGUACGUCAACAUGACCGAGAACGCCACCACCAUCGAGCAAAUCGCGCUUGGACCCCGCCGCAGCAGCAGACGCCAGGGGCGGACAUUAGCCUCGAACCGGUACGACCUGGGCCGGGAGGAGAACAUGCGGCAGGUCAUGGGCGACGGCGGCUGGCGGCGCUGGUUGCGCCCCUUGAGCCCUCCCGCCACGGAUGGCUUCUCUUUCCCCACACGCCCGUAG